UUUUAAAGAGGCACACUGCAGUCAAGACUGAUAAUAAUAAUAAUAAUAAUAUUAAUAUAUAUAUCCAUAUAUACACUAUAUUGCCAAAAGUAUUGGGCCAGCCCUCCAAAUCCUUGGAUUCAGGUGUUCCAAUCACAUCCAAGGCCACCUAGGCAUGCAGACUGCUUCUACAAACAUUUGUGAAAGAAUGGGUCACUCUCAGGAACUCAGUGAAUUCAAGCGUGGUACCGUGAUAGGUUGUCACCUGUGCAAUAAGUCCAUUUGUGAAAUUUCCUUGCUACUAAAUAUUCCACAGUCAACUGUUAGUGGUAUUAUAACAAAGUGGAAGUAACUGGGAACAACAGCAACUCAGUCACGAAGUGGUAGGCCACGUAAAAUGACAGAGCGGGGUCAGCACAGAAGUCACUAACUGUCUAUAGAGUCAAUAG